AUCGGGCGGUCGUAUCGCGCGCUACGCGAAAACGUUACCCAAAAAGUUUCGUGUGAAAUUGUGGUGUGAUACCUUGUGAUGUGUUACCAUGUGUCGUGACUAAUUUUAAGCAAUGGAUGGCGAGAACCGGAUCAUUCUGAACGUCGGCGGCAUCAGAUACGAGACCUACAAGGCCACCCUGAAGAAGAUCCCCGCCACGCGCCUCUCGCGCUUGACCGAGGCGCUGGCCAACUACGACCCCGUGCUCAACGAGUACUUCUUCGACCGGCACCCCGGGGUCUUCGCGCAGGUCCUCAACUAUUACAGGACCGGUAAACUCCACUACCCCACAAAUGUGUGCGGGCCACUCUUCGAGGAGGAGCUGGAGUUCUGGGGGCUGGACUCCAACCAGGUGGAGCCUUGCUGCUGGUCCACCUACAGCAUACACAGAGACACUCAGAAUACCCUGGCCAUCCUGGACAAGCUGGACAUCGACAGCGAGAAGCCCUCGGAGGAUGAAAUCGCAAGGCUCUUCGGUUACGAGGAGGCGUACCUGGCCGGAGAGCUGGGCGUCUGGCAGAGGCUCAAGCCCCGAGUCUGGGCGCUGUUCGACGAGCCUUCUAGUUCACCACCAGCCAAGGUGAUAUCAGCUAUAUCGGUCUUCUUCAUCUGCGUGUCAGUGCUCUCCUUCUGCCUGAAGACCCACCCUGACCUUCGGGUGGUGUACCCAGCCACCUUCAACUCCUCAGAGCCGGAGAACACGUCUGUCGUGGUGCUACGACCAUGGCAUGACAACGGGCAACCGCACGUCGCGUUCUUUUACAUUGAGCUGGUGUGCAACGUGUGGUUCACUAUUGAACUGCUGGUGCGGUCUGUGGUAGCCCCCAACAUAAUAGAGUUUGUGAAAUCGCCAGUGAAUAUUAUAGACUUUAUAGCGACACUUAGUUUUUACAUGGACGUAGUGGUGGAACUGACUGUGGUGCGGCAAUAUGUCGAUAAGGCGGACAUACUGGAGUUCAUAUCGAUAAUAAAGAUCCUGAGGCUCUUCAAGCUGACCAGGCACAGCCCUGGCUUGAAGAUCCUGGUGCACACCUUUAAAGCGUCAGCUAAGGAGCUGACGCUGCUGGUGUUUUUCUUGGUGCUAGGUAUCGUGAUCUUCGCGAGUUUGGUGUACUACGCGGAGAAAUCGCAGGACAACCCAGAUAACCAGUUCAAGUCGAUCCCCCUCGGCUUAUGGUGGGCCAUCGUCACGAUGACCACCGUGGGCUACGGGGACAUGGCUCCCAAGACAUACCUGGGCAUGUUUGUUGGAGCCCUAUGCGCGUUAGCAGGUGUGCUCACCAUCGCGCUACCCGUGCCUGUCAUCGUGUCUAACUUCUCGAUGUUCUACUCUCACACGCAGGCCCGGUCAAAACUACCCAAGAAGAGGCGCCGUGUGCUACCCGUCGAGCAACCCCGCCGAAAGCGCGACGCUGGCGCCUCCAACCGGCGCGUGAAUGCGGUGAAACAUCCCGUGGUUCUGAAGGAACUGUCGCCGGGAAGCAACAAGUUUGGAGUGAACGGCAUGAACAUGAUCAGCCUGGCCCUGCAAGGCCCUCCGAACCUCCUCCGGCCGCCGGCGGCCGCCGCCCAGCCGUUGCAAGCCCGAGCGCCAAUCGGUAAAACCCACAUCAUUAUACUACAGUCGUCUGAGAACUCGCCUCCUAAGCGAUUGCUGUAA